GUCUGAUCUUCAUUCAUGAGCAUCAUCAUGUCUGUGUCUACUCUGCUCUCAGCUCUGCUGCUGUUGGCAUCCACAGCCACAGCUUCACACUAUAUUGGAGGCUUAAUGACCUUCACCCCAAGGAAGAAUCCUGAUGGUACCUAUUUGGUGGAUAUCCGUUUAAGGGAGGGACAUUAUACAUGUGAUCCGUAUGAUUACUGGUAUUGUGGGUUUGGAGAUUGUGGCAGUAAAACACUUGUGAGUGGUCGAGUGGACAGCAGUGUCAGUAGUAGAUGGUGCCAGACUGAGGGAGUGAUGAAAAGAACCGUCCCCAACAACAGCCCAUUUCAACUGGAAAAAAAUAGUUGCUGCUGGAUCUCUGACAUAGUCUCAGGUAUUGGAAACUUUAAACUUCUUACAUAUAUUGACCUUGGAGAAAGAUCUGACACCUCUAAACCCAACACAUCUCCAGUUGUCACCACACUUCCCGUUGUCAGAGUUCCUCAGAACUGCGCCAGGAACUACAAUUUUUUGUCCUAUGAUUCAGAUCAUGACCAGGUCAGGUGCAGAUAUGGACUUUUGUCUGCAAAUGAGUGUGGAAUGUGCAACCAACAUACUGGAUUCACUUUGGACCAGAACACGUGUACUCUGUCAUACUCUUUCAAACCAACAGGUGUUUAUGCAUUUGAGCUGGUCAUGGAGGACUAUCCCACCCAGAUCAUAAAUCUAAACUACAUUGCCGUGGCCUCUGCGGUCAGAUCCCCCUUCAAUAAUGCAUCCUUCAAUCCACCAUUGAGUAAAAUACCUCUCCAGUUUGCUGUAGAAGUGGAGGCUCCUGCACCAUCGUGUGUCGAGGGUGAAUAUCUUCCUCGUUUCCUCCACCCAACACCUCAUCACGGAGAACAUCUUCAGGCUCGUGUCGAUCAAGAGCUAGAGAUCAGAGUAAAGGCUACUGCAAACUUCUCAAGCAUCACUGAUGUGGUCUUUAGUGGACCUUUGAACAGCACAAAGGAGACCACCACCACUGGGGAGUAUGUGAUCAAAUGGACACCAACAUCAGAGGAAUAUGGCCAAAAUUUUGCAUUUUGCUUUACUGCAGAGGGACAAUAUGGGUUAAGGAGCUAUCAAUCUGAGAUGCGGUGUGUAAUUGUUGUGGUGGAGGCUGCAGGUCCAAAAGCACAAGUGACCUGCACUAAGGACACAAUGUCAGUGUCGAUUGAAAGAGCCACUAUUUCGGGUAUUCAUGGAGAUCACUUGCGGGUGAACAACAAUGCUUCCUGUACAGUUUCUUCCAAUAGCACGCAUGUGUUUACAACCUUCUCUCUAAAUGGAUGUGGUACUCAGAUUGAUGAGACUGAUGAACAACUCAUCUUCAAGAACACUAUUGUUACCUACGAUGAUCCAAACCACGUCAUUACCAGGAAACAUGAAUUUGAAAUUGAAGUUUUGUGCAAGUACCAGAAAAAGAGCAGCAUCACCACAAUGUUUGAUGCUCACAGACCAGCCGUCAACUUCACAGAGAGAGGCUUCGGCUCAUUCAGCUAUCAGUUUGAGUUUUUUCAGUCUGAUAGUUUCGGAAACAUCAUAGAUCCCAGCAGCUACCCACUGGAGUACAGUGUGGGACAGCCCAUCUACAUGGAGAUCGCCCCCGUCAGUGUCGUGCAAAACACUGAGAUCUUCCUUGAGUCCUGUGUAGCUACACCCUAUGAUAAUCCUAAUUAUCCCAUUUCUUAUCCUAUCAUCACAAAUGGAUGUGAGGUUGAUGAAACUAUGAACAUCUACACAAGUCACCAGCCCAAUGUCAGGUUCAGUAUAGAUGCCUUCAAGUUUAUUGGACAAUAUGACAAGGUGUUCAUUAGCUGCUCUGUUAUCCUAUGUCAAGCCAACAAUCCCAACACACGCUGUGCUCAGGGCUGCACCAAUGGCACGCAGGUUGCACAAUCCUCACACGUUCACAAAAGAGAAGCUGCCAUCCAGACUGGAAGCCACUUCAUCUCUCAGGGACCCCUGCGGAUGAGAAGGAGCGCAUCGCUUACUGAGGCCAUCAGCCCAAACUUGAACCUGAACAUUGUUUUCGUGGCUGGAUGUGUCAUUGCAGUAGUUGCAAUGGUGUGUGGAGUGAUGGUCUACAAAUCCAGGGGAUCAAAGGUCAAAUACCAACUUCUGAAGUCAGAUGAGAUUUGAUCUGAUUAGUUUGAACUAAAAUCAAAUGAUGGCAACCAGCUAAUUACCAAAAUUUAGUGGGAUCUAUAUCUACAGUUUUAAUGAAAAAAAAAAGUUUUAUAUGUUUGAUUAGGUAAUAUAAAAAAAUCUGCUUUUAGGCAAUAGUGUAUGUCCUACAGAAAUUGACACCCAGCAUAACUAAUAAAGUGUGGAUGAGCAAUGCAUUUUUUACUUUUCAAUAAAUGACAAUGUUUGUGUGUGUAUAUGACAACAUUGAAAUGUAUUAAACAUACUUGAUUAAAAAAUUCUAUAAAUAACUGUAAAAGAAAUAAAUUUUGCAUGCUGUUAAAUACAA